AUGGGAUUCGUCGAAGCACUAGAACAGACCCCAUUUGGGCAUUCAAUGGCCAAACAUUUCCUUUUCGAUCCCAAAUAUAGGAAUUUGAACCACGGAUCAUAUGGAGCUUUCCCCCGUGCUGUCCAAGCGGAGGCCCGGAAAUUUCAAGAUGAGCUCGAAUCAAAACCGGAUCUGUUCAUCCGCUAUCUGCAGUCCGAAUAUGUCGACACUUCUAGAAAGGAGUUGGCAAGGUUGCUUAAAGUUCCUGUGAACGAAGUUGUCUUUACCAAAAAUGCCACAACGGGCGUGAACACGGUGCUUAGAAACUUUGUCUACGCACCAGGAGACGUCAUUAUUUACUUUAGCACUGUGUAUGCCGCGUGCGAGAAACUCAUCGCUUCGUUGAUGGAAACGACGCCAGUCCAAGCUCGAAAGGUUCCCUACUCUUUCCCAACCACCCACGAGGAAAUCGUGAAGGGGUUUGUUGAGGUGGUUAAGAAGGCGAAGGAGGAAGGGUUGAAUGUUCGAGUGGCGCUAUUUGAUAUCAUCGUUAGCAACCCUGGCGUUCGGUUCCCAUUUGAGCAACUUGUGGAGGAGUGCAGGAAAGAAGGUAUUUUGAGCUGUGUAGACGGUGCGCAUGGAAUUGGUCAUAUUCCGCUUGAUUUGGGAAAGUUGGAUGCUGAUUUUUUCGUGAGCAACUGCCACAAAUGGCUUUUCGUGCCCCGUGGCUGCGCAGUUUUCCACGUCCCUGCUCGCAACCAACCCCUAAUUCGCACAACGAUGCCCACUUCGCACGGCUUCGAACCAAAAAUUAUGGAGAUUGGCCUCCCGAUUCCUAGACCUGCCUUGAAAUCAGCUUUCGAAUUCCAGUUUGACUUUGUCGCUACGAAUGACGAUUCCCCGUACUACUGCAUUCCCGCAGCUAUCAAGUUCCGCGAGCAGGUCUGCGGUGGUGAGGAAAAGAUCAUGGAGUAUUGCCUGCAAUUGGCACACGAGGGGGGAAAUCUCGUGGCCCAAAUACUCGGCACAGAUGUGAUGAGCGAGCCUGGCGUUGACCCCAAGGUGGCAGAUGCCAGUAAGCUCCGGCAAUGUGCUUUCGCAAACGUUCGUUUACCCCUUGCUGUUGAUGAUGGCAGUGGCAGACAUGUUGAGAAGGAAUCACCGUAUCCUGUCAUCGACGGUAGAAAUGCAAUGGCUGUUGGCAAAUGGAUACAAGAGAAACUCAUGUUUGAACACAACACUGCGGUGCCAACGUUCCCGCAUGGGGGAUGGAUGUGGGCACGGCUGAGUGCGCAAGUUUAUCUAGAGCUGGACGAUUUUAAGUGGUUUGCGGGUGUUUUAAAGGAUCUGGCGGGAAGGGCGGGUAAGGGUGAGGCGUAUUCUGAACUAGGAAUUUCGGAUAUAUCGAAGAACAUAAAUGCGGUUCAGUUGAACGGAACCAGAAAGUGA